UAUUCAAACAUUAACAAUGAAAAUUCAUUAUUACAAUAUUUUAAACUAUAGGAUCUUCAAAAGAAAAAGAAAAAGCCAGUCAGAUUUGAAUCCAGACCAUACUGACCACUUCUUGUUCUAGACAGAGUAAUGCAGUUUGCAAGAAGAAGAUUCCCACAACGAGAAGGCCUAGAGAUGCCGGCAGCAGAACCGAACCGUUCCGCCCGGAGAAAUCACGGGUCGAGUCUAAGGACCCGGCUGGCAUGCACGUGUUCAGGCCGGCCUGGCUCGGCUCGGUGCGUUCGGCACGGUUAUAUUGUUCCCAGCAGAGAUAAGCUGAUAAGGAGAGCAAGCGACGGAAACAGAGAGAUAUUGAAGCGAGCCUUGAUGCCGUCUAGUCACCAUCGGAUGAGUCAGCGACGGUGGAAUUUCCGGCCAACUCCAAGCCGACUCUGUAAUAUGUCUUCUGCUUGAUUUAUCUUUAUCUUUCUUUUCUUGGAAAAUCAUUAUUGGUUUUGCUCAAAGGUACCCAUACAAAACCUUUUCUUACUUCAUGUUAUGCAAGUACAAUUUUUUGAUGGUUUGAUGUAUCGGAAAGACUUUUUAUUUCCAGAUCCAAUCAGAUAACAAUGUGAUCUGUUUUCUGAAGUUAUGAUAUUUAAGUAUUUAAUAAAAAUGUUUCAGUAGUUCAGGCUCUGGUUUAUCUUAUAAAUAGAUCCAUCCAUCUGAAUAUCUUUAACAUCAUUCUUGAUGUCUACUUUCUGUGUUUAUAAACUUUGUAACAAUCAUUUAAUAAAGAUAUUUAUGGGUAUAUUCAAGAUACUGGUUAACUUUCUUACACAUGGAGAGAACCAUCCAUUUGAAAUUUUCAAUAUUUUCACCUCUUUUGUAACAAUCUCAAAUCUCUGGUCACUCUAUUGUGGGCUAACUCUGUGUGUAUAUAUAUAUACAA